AUAUAUAUAUAUAUAGGUUCGAUCCAACCUCUUGUAUUCUUACCAUCUUCUCCACCAGGAUGACAACCGAUCGGCUCACUCUUACUGCUAGUGCGACCUUCGGCUAGCUCAAUUCGCGUUAGUCAAGGAUCAUCAAUUUCAUAUUAGAGACAAAAAAAAAGCCAAAAGAAUCAGUGACUUCAGCAACCUAUUGUGAAAGCAGUGUAAUUCGAUAAAAGCACGUGUGAGAGAACCGCAAGAGGGGAAAAAGAAAUAUGGCAAAUUGGCUUGUGCUCAGUGCUUUUAUUGCUGUAACGGUGGUAAUUGCUCAAGCAGUAAGAUUAUUGUUUAUGGUAAUCAAUGGCUGGAGAAAUAGAAAGAAAGCUGUUGGGGUCUUCCACCCAUACACCAAUGACGGAGGUGGUGGAGAACGAGUCUUGUGGUGCGCUGUGAAAGCCAUCCAAGAUGAAAACCCGAAUCUAGACUGUGUCAUAUAUACAGGAGAUCAUGAUGCUUCACCUGACAGCCUUAGUGGCCGUGCCCUUGAUCGAUUUGGAGUCAAACUAAUCCACCCUCCUAAGGUAGUCCAUCUGCAUAAGAGAAAGUGGGUUGAAGAAAACACUUACCCUCGUUUCACAAUGAUUGGUCAAAGCUUUGGAUCGAUUUACCUUUCUUGGGAAGCUUUGUGCAAAUAUACACCUUUAUAUUACUUUGAUACUAGCGGAUAUGCUUUUACUUAUCCAGUUGCCCGUAUAUUUGGAUGCAAAGUUUUUUCCUAUACUCAUUAUCCAACUAUCAGUUUAGACAUGCUAUCUCGUGUUCGUGGGCGCAGUUCAAUGUACAACAAUGAUUCCUUGAUUGCCAAGAGUGCGAUACUAUCCAGGUUCAAGGUUGUUUACUAUACACUGUUUGGCUGGCUGUACAGCUUUGUUGGUUCUUGUGCACACCUAGCAAUGGUUAAUUCUUCAUGGACUCAAUCUCAUAUUGAGAAGCUGUGGGGAAUACCAGCUCGAAUUAGGCGUGUGUAUCCUCCUUGUGAUACUUCUAGGCUUCAGGCGCUUCCGCUAGAAAAGUCAAUGAAACCUCCGAAGAUAGUAUCUGUGGCUCAGUUCCGUCCAGAGAAGGCACACCCACUCCAACUUGAGGCGUUUGCAGUUGCCAUCAAGAAGUUAGACCAUGAUCUGCCAAGGCCAAUUAUCCAAUUAGUGGGUAGUUGUAGGAAUGAAGCAGAUGAGAAAAGGUUGCAAAAUCUGAAGGACCUAGCUAUUAAACUGAAUGUGGACGAUCAUGUUGAGUUCCACAAGAAUGUCAUGUACAGUGACUUGGUCAGACUGUUGGGUGGUGCUGUAGCUGGAAUCCAUUCCAUGACAGAUGAGCACUUCGGCAUAAGUGUAGUUGAAUACAUGGCUGCUGGCGCGAUACCAAUUGCACAUAAUUCAGCUGGACCAAGGAUGGAUAUUGUGUUACCAGAAAAUGGGAAGCAGACUGGAUUCCUUGCCCAGGGCGUGGAGGAAUACGCUGAAGCCAUUAUUGAAGUCAUUAAGAUGCCAGAGAAUAAGAGGCUGGAGAUAGCUGCUGCUGCCAGGAAGCGAGCCUCCAUGUUCUCAGAGCAAAGGUUUUAUGAAGAUUUUAAGGCUGCUGUACGACCAAUCUUUUGUGAUGGUACCAAAUGAUUACAAAAUCUUUGUUUCCAUAAAUACAAGAGAUGAGCUUUGUUGCAACAUACUUAGACUUUGUCUUAUCUUGUCUUUUUCUGGUUUUCCUUGUUCUUUAUAAAUUUUACUCUAGAUUGUGUGUGUACUUUGUCGGUGACUUCAGUCUUGAAGUUACUAAUUAAAGGAAAAAUAUUUUGCCUCUGAUUUGGCAAUUAGAAUAAAAGAGAUGGUCCUCCUUUCUUUAGGUUCAGUUAAA